CAUGAGUUCCGUGUUUUUCUAUGAAUUCACUAAAUAGAUAAAGGACGAAUUGUAAAUCAUGUUCGCACUUGAAAUCGUAGUGUGCAGAGACCUAAGUAAACUCUUUUAUCUGUCAAACUGUGUCACAUGAGCUCUUAGAGAAAUCACGGGACGUUCGCUAUCAGCUGUUGUAUAUAGGCUCGUUGAAAUCAUAUGAUUCUCACUUUCGAGGAACUUUCACGAAGAAAAGUUAUGAUGUUGAGACUCGCUGUAGCUGCUCUGUGCGUCAUCGCCACACUCGGAUUAAAAUCUGGACUCAAUGGGCCAUGGGAGACAUUCAAACUUCACCAUGGAAAACAAUACACGACAAAUGAAGAAGCUAUGAGGAGAGUGAUCUGGGAAAGACACGUGGACCUCAUCCAGCAACACAAUCUCGAGGCUGACAUGGGCAAACACACUUACUGGCUUGGCAGCAACAAAUACGCAGAUCUGACCGAUGAGGAAUACACAGUUUACCUCACCGGAUACAUGAUGCGCAAUGGAACAUCAGAUGCCCCCGUCUUCAUGGCACCAUCAAACAUUGAGGCCCCCGACAUGGUCGACUGGAGAACAAAGGGUUACGUCACUGAAAUUAAAGAUCAGGGACACUGCGGAUCAUGUUGGUCUUUCUCUGCGACUGGUUCACUCGAGGGACAACACUUCAAGAAAUCCGGAACUCUGACAUCACUCUCCGAACAGAACUUGGUUGAUUGCUCAAAGAAAGAAGGCAACCAUGGCUGCCAAGGUGGACUCAUGGACUUCGCCUUCAAGUACAUCAAGAUGAACGGUGGUAUCGAUACUGAGAUGUCUUACCCUUACAAAGCCAAGAACGGCAUCUGCAAAUUCAAAGCUUCUGAUGUAGGAGCCACAGACACUGGAUUCACUGAUAUCCCACGUGGUAACGAGAGGAGCCUCAUGGAGGCUGUUGCCACUGUUGGACCCAUCUCGGUCGCCAUUGAUGCUUCCAAGCCAACAUUCAGGUUAUACAAGAGAGGAGUGUACGUUGACCACAAAUGUAGCUCAACGAGACUUGAUCAUGGUGUCCUAGCGGUCGGAUAUGGAACUGAAGAUUCUCAGGACUACUGGAUCGUCAAGAACAGUUGGGGCAAAUCAUGGGGCGAUAUGGGAUACAUCAAGAUGGCCAGGAAUAACAAAAAUAUGUGUGGUAUCGCUACAUCUGCUUCCUACCCACUUGUCUAGACCAGCAAUAUAGAGACGAUAUUAAUGCUCAAUCACAUCCCUUGUACUCACUAUCUACUCUACUAGCAUUUCGCUCAGAGUAGUCGUGCCCCGGAUAAAGACAGCACCAAAAACCGGGGAGGAUGUAGAUCAUACUUUCACUUUGGGACAAUACAAUACGUGCAAUACGUUGUUUAGAUUUUAUAACAUUAAUUUCAUGAUUGAAUAGACAUAAAACGAACUGGUAUUGACAUUGUAGCAUAAUAAUAAACCAUGACGACAACAGUAGAUGAUUAUAAAGAUAUGAAAAGAUCGUUGAUUGAGGCUUCCAAAACGUGCCAAAAGUAAUAUUCAAAACUGUGUUAACUUAACAUAUUUAUUUGUAAAACGCAUGGUUUUGUAAGAAAUAAAUU